AUGGUAUAUGUGUUAUGCGGUACGAACGGUGGAGUAGGAAUCAAUACAGGUUGGUGGUGUUGCAUUAAUAAAAACGGUAGACGUGGUAUUGUACCGGCGAAUCGUCUCCGAAUGCUUCAUCGAUUCAAUCAGAAUACUUCACGUCAGGAAUCGAUCUCAUCACCAUUUAUCGAUAGCAGUAAUACUAACAAUAAUCGACAACAAUUCAUGUUUAGUGGUACCGGAAGAUUGUCAACACUGUCAUUCAUCGAUGACGCCAAUUCGUUGGAUGACAUUCCAUCGCCAUUUACCAGCGAAUUCAUCAGUUCCCCUACUUUUGACUCAGGCUCAUUAUUUGAUCGCAUAUUUCCUCUUUCACCAUUGGAACGUUACAAGGACACUUCCUUACGCCAUAUGUCAAACGGAACCAUUGGCUCACCACCAUAUAGCGUUGUACGAAAUAUUCCGAUUAAAGUGGAAGGCGCAUCUUUAAAUGACAAUGGUAAUAGCUUCGAUAAAAUAAGGAACAAUGUGCUUAUUUCCCCAAACAAUCGCCAUUGUCACGAUGAACUUUCAACUCCUACAUUUCCCUAUUAUCAAAAGGAAUUUGAAAGGUAA